UAAAUUGAAGUUUGAUCAUACAAUAAUGUUCCAUAAUUUUCAUAAUCGAGAAUGAAUCCAACCAUAUAGUUACGACUCUCUCAACGCAAAAGAAAAUUAAAUCAAAUCCAAAGAACAAAGAAAUCAAAAAAUAUUACAUUUAUUUCCCUUUCUCUGACUACUGUACUGUAACCCAUCUUCUUCCUUCCUCGUUUGCUCCUGUCAUCAAAUUUUUUUCCAACUAUAAAAAUGAACCCAAAAAUGGGCGAAAAAAUCGGAGAAAUCAUCGGAAAUUGAAAAAUUGAGGAGAGAGAAAAAAACAAAAACAAAAAUGGAGGGAGGAUCGCUUGUUUCAAAGGCAAGGACUGCCUUUCAUUCCGCUGCUGCUAAAGCGGAGAGAGUUCUCAUUGAUUUGAAAUCCGAUCUUAAAGAUUCAGAUGAGCAGUUGAGUAAGAAGAGUUCAGGUUGUCAAUUUGAAGAAGUUUUGUCAUCUUCUGAGGUUGUAAAAAAGGGUUUCAACGAGCCAAAGCAAUCCCGGUGGAAGCCACCUAGUAUAGGGACAAAACAGGAUUGGCAUGAGAGACUAAGGAAUAUCAGAAGAGGUAGAAAGGGAACUGAAGACACAGAGAACAUUGAGAAUACAAAGAUGUCCUUUCCAAUUUUUGAUGAAAAUAUUUAUGUGUAUAAUGAAAAAGUUGCUUUGGAAGCAAAGGGGUUGGAGACAUCUUCAGAUAGUUAUGAUGGCAACAGAGAUAUAAUCCCACCUUCACUUGUGUUGAAACAACUGGCUGUUGCCAUUGAAUCAGAAAAGAACUACAGGUCAGUGAAAGAUUUUCUCACAUCAUCUGCAAGUUCUUCCCCAGUUCGAGAAAGGGCGAGUAUGGGCAUCUCUGCAGUGAAGUCAAUGCUCCGUGGGAAGGAAGAGAAAUUUACUUCUGAGUUCAGCGACGAUGAAGCUUGGGCUUUAAUUCAAUCUAUACUUGAUGCUGAGGGACUUUCUCCUGGUAGGAAAGUCGGCUUUUUGGUUGAAACUCUGCCUAGCACAAUGGCAUUACCAAGAGAUAUCCAUGGUGCACCACCACAAAGCUUAAUUGUUAAAGUCUCUGAAGUCAUGGGAAGCUUUAAGACAUUACGGAAAAUGGCAUUAUUUUGGUGCAGGAUUGUCAGUGAACUCAGAAGACUUUGGAUGGAAGAGCUGUAUAUACCUGGAAUUCCUCUGAAUGAAGUACCAGAUUUAAGUUUAUGUUUGCUCUAUCAGCAAAUGCAACUUAUGAAUUGUUGUCUUUCUAGAAAAAAACGUCGUGCUAUUGCUACUGACUCAUUGGAGUCAUUAAUCAAUGAAGCUGGUUGUGAUACUGAUGGAGUGCCUUCCUCGGUCAAAAGAAUAACUUCAGGUUCCUUUUUGUAUGCCAAAACAAACACUGGGGAUCUUAUUGUACGGUUGGGAGUCAGUCAUCAGGCUGAAAAUUUGACAUUGUUGGAAACUGGAGAACCUGUGUAUGCUCCUUUGACGCAGGAAGGACCAUUGCUAACAGAGGAUCUUGCCCGAGAAGCUGAAGAGUUUGUUCUCCGAACAGGGAGUGUUGGUGCUGGUUGUUCCCAGCUUUUGUCUGAUAUGCAAGCUUUCAAGGCUGCAAAUCCUGGAUGUAUUCUUGAGGACUUUGUAAGGUGGCACUCUCCUCCUGAUUGGACAGAAAAUGAGUCUGGCAAUGAUUCUGAUGCAAGUACGUGUGGAGGUGAUUCAACGUCAUCCAGAGGUCGAUUAAGUAGACGUAUGCAGAAAGAAGGUAAUUUAUGGCUAGAACUUUGGGAAGCUGCCAAGUCAGUGCCUGCGGUUAGACAAGCACCGUUAUUUGAUGAGGAUUUGGCAGUGGAAGGUGUGCUGAGUGUAUUGGAGAACAUUACUCCAUCUGAGCUAUUUGGCCAGUUAUUUCGGUCGUUGCUUGGUUUAGGAUUUGUGCUUGCUGAGGCUAAGCUUUCGACAGAUGAAAAUGUAGCAAAACUGUUCUCUGAGUGUAAAGAAUUUGUAGUUGCUUCAUUUCAGGGCGAUGCUUGGAUGGAGAAAAUUGACGAUAUUUGCCAGGUUUACGAAACAGUUGAAGCAAUGUUUCUUCGACCAGACGAUGUCAUGAAAGCUGUGAAGCAGUCCGAAGAUACAAAUGCCGCCCCAGAGGAACCAAAACCCCGGUUUAAGAAGUUAAGCCAGAUUUUUGGCCGAAAAAACAGGUCAAAAAAAUCAUCCUCAGACGAGAAUAAUAGUGCGGAAGAGGCUCCAGCCCGCCAGCCAUUUUCGAAUUUUUUUGAUAGUAAAUCGACUCUGUUUUCAAAGAAGCCUCCUAAACCCGAAAACACACCACCCCCAGCCAACAACUCAUCUGGUUCAGAUGAAAAUGAUUGGACAGUUGUUUGAAUAUUUGCUAAUAUAAAUUAUAAUCAAAUUGUAAAUUAGAUAUAGUUAUCAGUCCAUCCAAAAUUCCAUGGACAAUAUUGUAAUUAUUUUUUGUGUUCAGGUACAAUCGUACAGAACACUAUAGAAAUGGAAAAUAAUUUUGUUAUUCAA